AUGGACCUCAUCGUCAACUCGCUGUAUUCCAACCGCGAGAUCUUUCUGCGGGAGCUCGUCAGCAACGCGUCGGACGCGCUGGACAAGAUCCGGCUCGCGUCGGUGCAGAACGCCGAGGUCCUCGGCGCCGCGACGGACCUCGAGAUCCGCAUCCGCGGAGACCAGGACUCCGGCACGCUGGUGAUUGAGGAUUCAGGAGUGGGGAUGACGCGCGAGGAGCUGAUCAGCUCGCUGGGCACGAUCGCGCGCUCCGGGACGCGCAAGUUCAUGGAGGCGCUCAAGGAGCAGCAGGCCGCGGGGGACUCGAACCUCAUCGGUCAGUUCGGCGUGGGCUUCUACAGCGCCUUCUUGGUGGCGGACCGCGUGACGGUGGAGACGAAGAGCAACGACGACGAGUCCGCGUGGCGCUGGGAGAGCCUCGAGGGCUCGCACGAGUACAAGAUCGCCAAGGCGGACGCGGCGGACCUCCCCCGCGGCACCCGCAUUACGCUGCACCUGAAGGAGGAUUGCAAGGAGUACACGCAGUGGCCCAAGCUGCAGGAGCUGAUCCGGACGUACUCGGAGUUCAUCUCGUUCCCCGUCAAGGUGUUCCAGGAGGUGCAGGACCCGAGGGAGGUCGUCGACGAGGAGGCUACCAAGGCGGCGCAGGAGGAGGAGGACAAGAAAGCCGCGGAGGAGGGCCGCGAGGCGACCAAGGUGGAGCCGACGAUGAAGACGGAGUUCGAGAGCAGCUGGCGGUACGAGGCCGCGAGCGACAACAAGCCGAUCUGGGUCCGCCCCGCGCGGGAGGUGACCAAGGAGGAGCACGAGCAGUUCUUCCAGACGACCUUCAAGGAGUUCGUGCCGCCGCUGGCGUUCAACCACUUCAACGUCGAGGGCACGAUCGAGUUCAAGGGCAUCCUGUACGUGCCGGGCAUGGCGCCGUUCGAGGGCCUCAACCCCAUGAAGUCGACGCGGAACAUCCGGAUGUACGUCAAGAGGGUGUUCAUCAGCGACGGGUUCGACGCCGAGCUGCUCCCGCGGUACCUCUCGUUCAUCAAGGGCGUCGUCGACUCCUCGGACCUCCCGCUGAACGUCUCGCGCGAGAUUCUGCAGGAGUCGCGCACCACGCGCGCCAUCCGGAAGCAGCUCGUGCGGCGGUCGCUCGACAUGCUCAAGGACCUGCAGGAGAACGCGGAGGACUACAAGCGAUUCUGGGAGGCCUUCGGGAACCAGCUCAAGAUGGGCGUGAUCGAGGACGAGCCCAACCGCGCCAAGCUGGCGCCGCUGCUGCGCUUCUCGUCCUCGCAGUCCGCCGACGACAUCACCAGCCUCGAGGUGCGCGCGGAACCGACGCUGCUGCCGCGGCGGCCGUUGCUCGUCGCGUCGCCGGCUUUGUUGCUGCGCUUUUAA